ACUAGCGCCACGUACGUGAACUUCACUGUUGUUUUCGAAGGUGACGUGUGCUCCAUUCUGUAUCACAUUGAAUUUUAUUCGUAAUUUAAGCUCCGCCGUGCUACUAAAAGCACUGCAUAUCAAAAAUCAUGUUAAGACACAGUGGUAUAUUCUUUAUAUUCUUAUGCGUUUUCGAAUAUGGUACUGGACUUUAUUUUCACAUCGCCGAGACUGAAAGAAAGUGUUUCAUCGAGGAAAUUCCUGAUGAAACGACCGUUUUAGUACAUUACAAAGUUGAGUUGUAUGAUCCGAGAACUGGUGGAUUUGCUCCGAGCAGUGUCGGGAUGGGAAUGCACGUGGAAGUUAGGGAUCCAGAUGAUAAAAUGAUUCUCUCCAGAGUGUAUAGUUCAGAGGGAAGAAUUUCAUUUACUUCUCAUACGCCUGGUGAACAUGUGAUUUGUUUGUACUCUAAUAGCAGUUCUUGGUUCAGUGGUGCUCAACUGAGAGUACACUUGGACAUUCAAGUUGGAGAACAUACUAUCGAUUAUGCCAAUACAGCUCAGAAGGAAAAGUUCACCGAGUUGCAGUUGAGGAUACGUCAGCUUCUCGAUCAAGUGGAACAAAUAACAAAGGAACAAAAUUACCAAAGGUAUCGUGAAGAACGUUUCAGACAAACAUCUGAAAGUACACACCGUCGAGUGUUCUGGUGGUCCCUCGCGCAAUCUGUUAUUUUAUUGAUCAUGGGUGCAUGGCAAAUCAGACAUUUGAAGAGUUUCUUCGAAGCAAAGAAACUAGUAUAAGAUUGAAAUUAACAAUCCCAGAAAAUGUUAGUCAUCCGAGGAACAUUUUUUUAUCAUCAUGGGAAAUUUCCGCUGUAAUAUAUUUUAAAAAAAAAGAAAAAUGAGGAAAAACCGGUUUUAACGUAAAGAGAUUCGUUUUCAAUUAUUUGUAUUUAUCGUACAUAAUCAGUUUAAACGUGCUUUCACUUAUUUUGUGGUAAACAUUUGUGAAAUUUAUUCUUAAACGGAAUAAAAAACUGUGUAUGAAUUUUCAUUGGAAUAAAAUAUUCAUUUUACAAAAAA